AAUCAACAAAUUAAUCAUUUAAUCUAUCAAUCAAUUAUCCAAAAGUUAUUGAAUAAUCAAUCAAUCAAUCAAUCAAUCAAACAAUUAGAUAAUCAAUCAACUGACGUCUCAUCAAAAUGAAUGCACAUAAUUUCAAGAUUAGAAAAUCCGCAUUCAUUCGAAGUAGAGCUACUUUAGAGCUUACAUGGUUUUGUAAAAUCAUGAUGCAUUUCCAAAUAAUUGGCCUAAAUCCGGGACGUCAUAUUAUUCGAUGGGGGGGGGGGGGGGGUGUGAAACAAUAGAUCAUCCUCCGGAACUGUUAACAUCUUGGAUUUACCCGCCAGUGUUCCAAUGAUCAAGGUAUCUUCAUCUCAAAGGAACCCUUAACAAGUCAUGCAAAACUUUGAGAAAAUAUUGUUGUAAAUUUUCAUGGAGGGGAUCAAGAUUUUUUUUUCAAUUGCAAUAAAUUUGAUUACAACAUUGAAUCUGAAUAACUUCUUUCAGUUCCCCCCCCCAAAAAAAAAAAAAUAGAAGCAGUUAAUUUGUAAUUAAUUGCAAGAAACAUGUUUGUGAUUUAAAAAAAAUCUAUAAAAUCUAUCGAUUUACUACUCCUACUUUUACUACUACUACUACUACUGCUGCUGCUGCUGCUGCUGCUACUACUACUACUACUACUACUACUACCAAAACUAUUACAUUGUAACUAUAUUUUUCUAAUAUGCCUUAUACAUAUUCAUCCCACAAAUAUAUUAAUCCUUGAUACAGCCGCAAGUGCAUCUUGGUUCAACUCAAGCAAGUUUGGUGGGUGUAGAACUACACGAACUAUAAAGAUCUCAAAUUGCCUGUCAGAACCAGGAAUUAAAGGUAUUUUAAAGAGUUAAUUGUUCUAAGCAUGCAGUAAAAUAUAGUUUGGGGAUAUUAAGAAAAUACAUGUAGGCCUACUUAGGUCUCGUACUCAUAUAUAUUGCUUUUAUUUCAUACUUAUUUUGUGAAUCCAAAAUAUUACCAUUUAAUAUGACCAAAGUUUAGAUUGAUUGCUUUUUAAAAUAAAAAUUGCCCUGUUAACAUUCGUAGAUUAGAAAGUGUAUCUAUAAUUUUAUUACAGUACGUGAUUUUUGUGUUAUUUUAAGAAAUGCUUAUAUUUUGUAAAUUUCGGGGUUUCGAGAUGUGUCCUCAAUUCGAAUGUGAACGAAAGUUCGUGAGUUAAUCCUCGCUUGCGAUUGCUUGCAAGUGCGCACGCGUACACAUUCCACAUACACCCCCUCUCAUACACACACUCUAAUUUGCAGGGAUUUUAAAUAAAUCGAAUUUGGGAAUUGAUUUUAAUCCUAAAGAUUCAUUUUUGAAUCUCAAAGGAUUCAAAUUCAAAUCCUUUAAGAUUUGAAAAUAAUUUUUGUACGGAUUAAACUUAUACCCCAAAUGGUCCCAACUGGCCCACCUAAAUUUAUUUCUAAUCCCUGCAAAUUCGAGUGUAGGCCUACCAGUGCAGAAGAAGAAAGAUAUAACUGAAUAAUUCACCGAAAUAAUAAAUUGUGGGGGUGGGAGAAAGACAAAAUAUGGGCUUACAAUUGAAGUUACAAUAUUCUAUAUAAUGUAGGAUUUUAGAAUCCGAGCUAUAUUUUUAUCCACAAAUUAAAGAAAGGAAAAAUAUUUAGGUUCAAAGUUUGCAAAAACAAACAUUUAAUCAUCAGUGUUUUUAUUAUAGUUUCAACUCAGGUCUUCUAGAUUCCAUUAAAAUUAGCAAUUAUGCUAGAAAUCAGACACUAAAUAAUUUGCGUUUUAACGAUUUCUUCACAGUGCCUACAGACUACAUUGGUGACGUCACAACAAUCAGAGGAGUUGAUACGAGUGUGUGUUACAGUAAUCCGUGCAAGAACAACAGUUAUCACACAGUGUGCACUGAGUCAGGGGACUCGUUUGAAUGUGUCUGCCCAAGUGGGUUCAAAGGUCAUACGUGCGAGAUUGGUAAGAUCGAAUUAUUGACAGAAAUAUAUAACAGCCACCCCUUGAUUCGGACUACCAUUUUUUAAAAUUAUAAAUACAUGGGGCAUGAUCAGCUGAUCAGAUUUGUCAAAUUCAAUGUAUUCAAUUUAUUAUAUUUGUAGAACUUAAGUUAUCUUAUAUAUAUAUAUAUUUGCUAUGAAAACCAUGCUAACAUAGAGGUUUAUCUGAACAUGUUCUCCCGUAAUGGUAUUUUAAUAAAUAAAAUAAAUGAAUGAAAUGUGUAAAAACUCCCCGAGUAAUUACCCAAAUGGAUGAAAUAUGAAAUAUUCAAUUCCGAAUAUAUUCUUCAUUCAAUUUUUCAAAAUCAGGGCUUUCUGGAUAAAAGGAAUCAUGAUUUUUCAAACAAAUUAUUGACAUAGUAUUUUUUUAAACAUAGGAAAUAUCUGGAAAGAUAUUCUAAAUUUACAUGACCAGAGGGCCGUUUUAUUCUCAAAUCUCUUCUAGCUACAUGUUACUUGAAUACCAUUUUGCAGAAAAUGAAUGUGCUGAAUGUUUUACUUUUCCUUAAUAGGGAAAAUUCUAAAUAUGUGUGAAAAUAUUAUAUCAUACUAGUUAUUAUAUUGUAUUAUAUUAUAAAUAUGCUUAGCGUAUGCGUAUGUAUGGAAAGCUAUAUGAAUGUGUGCACUCAUUGGUGCAUGAGUUAAGUUAAGUGUGCGAGGAGUGUGUUGGGUUUGGUUGAGGGAUUAUGUGCAUGUGGGGGUGGAUUGGCGGGCGUGUGUAUACGUGUGUGUGAAAGAGAAGUCUACUUUAAAUUUGAAAUAAACCUCCUUGAAAUUAUCAUGCUAUCGGCGCUGAAUAAUUUAUACCCCUUUCAUAAACCCAAUUAUGCGGCUAAUAGCAGCAUAAUUUGGUCGUAAAAUCGGAGGAGGACCAGAGUUAUCCGCAUUAUUUUGAUGCUGCAAUUAUCCGCAUAAUAUCGGCAUCGGGACCAGAUUUUGACUUUAUGAACGCAUUUCCAAAUAAUGCGGAUAAUUGCCAUGGUGCGGUCACAAGGUCACCCUUUUCCAACACAACCGCAUCGGAGGGGGCGUGUGCAGUUGUCAUGACGAUUAUCCGCCUUUUUCAGGACGGGCGCUCGUAAAAAUAGUGCGGAUUAUUUUCGGAGUUUGUGAACGCAAUUUUUAUUGAAUUAUCCGCAUUACUCUUAGGCGGCUAAUUGGAGGAUGGGUUUAUGAAAGGGGUAUAAGUGAUUGUGCUGAAAUGUCAAAAUAGGGUUUUAGUAAGACUUGGUUGUGUUUAUGUGUGUGUGUUUUAUAUGUGUGCGUUGAGUGUUGGUGUGAGAGUGAGGGGAGAGCUGGAGUUCAGGAUGUGUGUAUCAGUACAUACUUUCAAUUCAGACUUUAAAGUGAUCUAGAUAUCGAUGGUUUCCUAUUUAGAUAUCAACGAGUGUGAAAGCAGCCCUUGUCAAAAUGGAGGGACUUGUAAGGACCUUGUCAAUGAAUACAGAUGCCAUUGUUUCCCAGGCUAUAAGGGACAUCAAUGCGAACUGGGUAAGUGAAAUAGAAGUUCUAAUCCGGCUGAUAGCUCUAUAAACUACACACUCAGGAACUAAUCAAUCACUGGCUUCCUUUUGGUAAACUUAAAUGACCAUCAUGUUCACCAAUCUUCCUAUAAAUACCUAAGAAUUCUAGUGUCUGCUCGUCCUGUCUGGUGAAACUUCGAUGAAGAGUUCUUUUCAGAGCUUCAAUCAGCCAAGAAAGAUAACCCAACAGUCCUUUUCAGGACUAUUCGUUAUAAACCGUAAAUUUAUCUAAUAUCUGUACACCAUGAAAACAGUGAACAUCGCCCAACUGGGAAAGGUUUUUAAAAAAAUCGAGGAAUGAAAUCUCAAAUCUUUUUCAAACAUUCAUUCCCAUUCUCGGUCGAGUUUCCUUAAAAAAAACUUACUUUUGCAAGGGCUGCGACCAAAGACGUUAUAACACUGUACACUUUAAGAGCGUGAGGGGCGACCGAACAAGGCGCAGUUUUAUGAAAUCAUCAUCACCCAUUUGGCAUAUAAAUGAUUUCACUACACUGUUACAAUUUCUUUCAAUGGUUCAAAAUGUAUGCAUAUUUUGAAUAUAAACUUAGUAUGAUAUAAAAAGUGCUACACGACGAAAUAUAGACCUACUUCACCGCUACACAUUGCUCCGUCAGAGCAAAAUAUUACGUCAUUUUGUAGACGUUUGACCGUUAUCCAUGUUCCCACACCACUUAUCAAUGGGUAAAAUCUUGACGCCACGUUCUCUAUCAAUCGUUUUAACCUAGACACAGAUUCAACAUUUACAUGAUUUAAGUAAUGAAAUAUGAGUCAUAUCGAAUUAGCGUAUUCUGGGACUAAUCAUGAUAACAGUCCCUUUUUGUCAAAAUAAUCUCUACCUUAAUUUGCCCAGAUUCGUCAAUUGCCUUUCUUCUCAAGGAAAAUAGUAUUUUCGCGUGUAGCUUGGAGCCAAGGAAGUCUCUUCUGGAUACUCCUUUCACCGAGCUCCCUAUAAAUGGAAUGGAGAAUCCCCAUUCCAUAGCUUACGAUCCAGAGGACAGAAUGGUUUAUUGGGCAGAUAGGACCAGUGAGACCAUCUCUAGGGCCACGAUUGACGGAACUUUUCUUGAAAAUAUCCUUGGAAAUUUGACAGGCCUGUCUAGUGGAGAGCUCACGCUGGAGUUUCAGGAGAGGAAGAUUUACUGGGCUACGUAUUUUGAUUAUUGCCGUAUCGAACGAGCAAACUUUGACGGGAGCGAUCGGGAACUUUUGACAGAAGAUACCUAUUACCCCCUUGGGAUAGCUGUAGAUAGAGUGAAUAGGAAAUUGUUUUGGAAGGAACAGUAUUUUGUGAAGUCAUCGGAUCUGAACGGAGAGAAUAAGAUCAUAAUAGCGGAAUCAAACGGUACAGCAGCAAGUUGUAUCUUCUACUAUCAGAGAGGAAUAGGAGACUCUGUGAUCCUGUUUACCGAUUACAAGUAUAACAUGGUUCAAUCUGUUAGGCCAGAUGGAAGUGACCAAAGGGAAGUGUUCCGAUGGCCUGCAAGUCGCGUCAUGCACAUCACCGUCUACGACUCCACCAUCUAUUUCACGACCAAUAAGGGAGCAGGUGGCCUUGGGGAAGUCCCCCUGUCGAACGUGACAGCAGUGAGAGUCGGGGAGACUUUCCGCGUCAGAGGAAUAGAUGGGUAUAGGACUGACGUCACCGGGGAUAUCAAGGACAUUCACGUCUAUAACAUGACCAUGGUGACCCAACCAUCGUCACAAGGGUUAACAGUGGGCUAGCGUUUAAUAUUGCCUGCUGAGAACAAGUAUGUUCAGUGGCGG